AUGCCCGAACCCUCUCCCAUUCUGACGGCAACUGCAACAGUUCACGAUGAGGGUAGCGGAGGAGGCGAUAAGAGCAAUUUAUCAAGGUCUUGGCAAAAUCAUUGCCAAAGCUGUAAUACCUGGUUUAAUAAACGGAGUCAGCUGGAUGCUCACCUUUACGCCACAAGUCACCAGCGCGUCUCCCGUCCCAAAUUUUCUCCCACCAACUUUUUUCAAACAUCAACAGGCAUCUACAAUCUGCCUGUUGACUCUCUCCCCCAAAAUCCACUGCCCCACAGUCCCAGCAAUUGUUCAUUGGACGAUGCUAACAACUGGUGGUCGCAUCAACAAAAGCGGAAAAUCAACUUCUCACCGGCCACAUUGCCGCCCCACCAGACGCCAGUUGCUGCGUCGACCGGCGCUGCGGACCAGUACUGUUCAUAUCAGGCGACCCAUCACAUAAUUCACCACACCAUGUUUACCGAAACCACAACAACACCCACAAUUUAG